UGAGCCGCUCCAAACUCCAAAGUCUGACGACCUGAAUACCUCGACCAUCACCGCCGCCUCCGCUCCGCCGUUUCCCGCCCAAAUCCCCACCGCCGCGGCGCCGCCCAAAUGUCGGAGGAGAAGAAGAAAAAGGAGGAGGAUGCCCAGCUGAUUGCGCUUGCGGGCUUCCUCCACGAAACCUAUUCCGACAGCAUUCACAGCAUCCUACUCGACGACGAUCCCUCGAAGCUCCAUUUGCCGCUCGUUAUUGAAUUCGCGAAACUUAUGGACUUCGACCCCGAGUUCGCCGGGAAACUCUACUCCUGUCCCGGCGAGUACCUUCCCUUCCUCGACAAGGCCGCUAAACGGGUCAAGGAUGCGAUGCUCGAGGAAUUGGGUGAUUUGAAAGACGCGGUACGGAAGAAGAAGCCCGUGCGCGUACGCAUCGACGUCUCUGGAUCACCGCUAGAAUUCCCUGAGGCGUCCCCGAGUAUUGGAAAGGUGAGGGCGAAUCACAUGAGGAAAUUGAUUACUCUGAAGGGAACUGUGAUAAGAUCAGGCGGAGUCAAGAUGAUUGAGUACGAAAGGGACUACAUGUGCAGGAAGUGCCAGCACAGUUUCACGGUUCGUCCUGAACUGGAGGCUGGGAAUCGCAUAAACCUUCCUGCAUUGUGCCCAUCAAAGAGUUCAAGAGGCUGUGGAAGUGCUUCUUUCCAGUCCGUAGAAGGUACUACAAUUUGCCGUGAUUACCAAGAAAUCAAAAUUCAAGAAAACGUACAACUUUUGGGUGUUGGAUCUAUACCCCGUUCGAUGCCGGUAAUUUUGAUGGAUGAUCUUGUUGAUAGCAUUAAACCUGGAGAUGAUGUUAUUAUUACGGGCAUAUUAUCUGCCAAAUGGUCUCAUGAUAUUAAGGAUGUGCGAUGCAACCUUGAUCCUAUGCUGCUUGCCAAUUAUGUGAGGAGAACAAAUGAGCUGAAAUCUGAUAUAGACAUUCCUGUGGAAACUGAAGAGGAGUUUAAGCAUUUCUGGGAAGAAUACAGGCUUACUCCACUAAAAGGAAGAAACUUUAUCUUGGAAGGCAUCUGUCCUCAAAUUUUUGGGCUAUUCACAGUGAAGCUUGCAGUUGCUCUUACAUUAAUUGGUGGAGUGCAGCAUGUUGAUGCUUCUGGAACAAAGGUUCGUGGAGAACCCCAUAUGCUUCUUGUUGGUGAUCCAGGUACUGGUAAAUCCCAGUUUUUGAAGUUUGCUGCUAAAUUGAGCAACUGCUCUGUGAUUACAACGGGUCUUGGAAGCACCAGUGCUGGGUUAACUGUCACAGCUGUCAAGGAUGGAGGAGAGUGGAUGCUUGAGGCUGGUGCUCUUGUUCUGGCUGACGGUGGUUUAUGCUGCAUUGAUGAAUUUGACAGCAUGCGAGAGCAUGACAGAACAACAAUACAUGAAGCCAUGGAGCAACAGACAAUAAGUAUUGCAAAGGCUGGACUAGUUACAACACUGAGUACAAGGACUACUGUAUUUGGUGCCACUAAUCCAAAAGGGAAAUACGACCCUGAUCAAAGCUUAUCUGUGAAUACAACACUUUCAGGACCAUUGUUGAGUAGAUUUGAUAUAGUUCUUGUUCUCUUGGAUACGCAAAAUACUGCUUGGGAUAAAAUAGUUUCAGCGCAUAUAUUGAAGGAGAAUUUUGAUGAAAAGAAAGACAAGGCAAAUGCUUCUGAUGCAAAAUGGAUGCUCCCCAAGUUGAGAAGGUACAUCAAUUAUGUAAAGCGGUUUAAACCGGUGCUGACAAAGGAGGCAGAAAGAGUUAUCUCGAGCUAUUAUCAGCUUCAGAGAAAAUCAGGAACACAUAAUGCAGCAAGAACAACGGUACGCAUGCUUGAAAGUUUGAUAAGGCUUGCACAAGCACAUGCUAGGCUAAUGUUCAGCAAUGAGGUUAAACAACUUGAUGCCAUUGCUGCCAUACUGUGCAUUGAAUCCUCCACGACAACAUCUCCAAUAGUGGACAUUGUUGGAGAUGCUCUGCACUCAAAUUUUACAGAUAACCCUGACAAAGAAUAUAAAACACAGGAGAAGGAGAUCCUUAAGAAGCUUGGACUAAUUGAAGAUUCCCCAUAAUUCAAUACAAAUCAUCAGCUGCUGCAUCUUGUGCUAUUCUGCACAAUGAAUCAGUGGUAUGCUUGCAGCUCUCUUGCAUGUUCGAGGAAAAAAAAACAGUGAUAUGCUAAGUGGGUCAUCUAUCCUCGAAGCUUGUGGAUCAUCUGUAAGACUUGGAAAAACUGCUUCCAAAAUUCUAGAAAGGCCAUGAUGUUCUUGCCAAAUUGAUGCUUCACCAUUUACUGGUUUAUAUGUGACUUUGAGAUUUAAUUACCUGCUAUUCGGUUUAUGCCGGGUUGACUUCAUAUACAGGGUCUUGGUUGGAUGAGGUCUACCUUUGCAGUUCAUGGUGUAUAUACAUAUGGGCUUUGUAACAUGUAACAUUUUGCAGUUCAUGGUUGGAUGGGCUUUAUAAUAUUUGCAGUUCAUGGUGCACAUACCUCGUAUAAAAUUUUGCAAUCUAUAUCAGAUAGGCUUUGUAACCUGUACCGCCACUCAGGAUUUUAUCUUAUGACAUCUAUGAUCUAUCUGUUCAAAUUGAAAUAAGUUUAACUCGCUGAAUGA